AUGGAUCACCAAACCGAGAAGGCCUACCAGAAGCAACGCGGUAUCUUCCAAAACUCCAAGAACGCCGCUAACAAGAAGCGCUGGUUCAAGGAUGUUGGUAACGGCUUCAAGACCCCCAAGGCUGCCAAGUACGGCUCCUACAUUGACAAGAAGUGCCCCUGGGUUGGUGAAGUCAACAUCCAAGGCCGUAUCUUGACUGGUGUUGUCAUCUCCACCAAGAUGAAGCGCACCGUCAUUGUUCGUCGCGACUACCUUCACUACGUCCCCAAGUACAACCGUUACGAAAAGCGUCACAAGAACAUCCCCGCUCACUUGUCUCCUGCUUUCGAUGACAUUGCUGUUGCUGAGGGUGACAUCGUUACUGUUGGCCAGUGCCGUCCCCUUUCCAAGACCGUUCGUUUCAACGUCCUUAAGGUCCAAAAGGCUAAGGCUGCCUCCAAGCUCUUCGAGAAGUUCUAA